AUGCUUAGCAAUUCAUCCUUUUUUCAUGGACCUACUCUUGCGCAAAAUUUCUUCCAAGUGGUCUCUGAUGGAACAUUUUGCGAGGACCUCACCUCCGAAUGUUACUUCCAGGCCCAUCAGCCGCAGGCCCCGCAACUAACCUGCUGGCCACCAGCCCUCGACGGCAGCAUGAACGGCGGACCCCAGAGCGGAGCCGCGCCCCUCUUCAACCCCUACAUGGCCGCCGCCGCUGCAGCCGCGAGGGUCGCGAACCCCGCCGUGGGGGCGCCGGCGGGGGUGGGGGCUCCUGCGGGGGGCGCGGCGACGCUGGCGGCCAUCGCGGCUGCCACGGCGGCGGCGGCCGCCGCCUCGCCAGCGGCCAUGAAGGACUCGCGGUGGCUCACCUUGGAAGUCUGUCGGCAGUACCAACGGAAGAUGUGCUCGCGCGAUGAAAACGAGUGCAAGUUUGCUCACCCACCGCCUCAUGUGGAUGUACAAAGUGGCCGUGUUAUUUGCUGCUAUGAUUCCAUCAAGGCGGUCGUGCACGAGCCCGGCCCAGUUGCCUGCUUCUGUCCGGCUGGUGACGCCCGUGACGACAGCCCCGCCACUAACACGGCUUCAAGUUCUCUCACAGCCUACAGUGUGCCGACAUCUAGUUAA